CCCCUCCCACUCAUUGUAUCACAUGUGAAAAUGGGUGGUGAUAUGUAAAUCACACGUUUAUAUCUUUUCUACUCUCCGUGUUCAGAGCAGGUCGCAGUUUCUCUUCAGACUUGAUACAGUCUCACCUCAUCUGAGUCUCACAGUCUUGUUCUUGGAAAACAUCUGCAACAAUGGCACAGUUUGGCCAUCUGGUGGCAGUGUUGAGCCUGUGCCUGCUGGCUGUUGUGGUGAACUCUCAAGAGAACCCACCUCCUCCUCGUCAAGGACAAGAGAUCUGCACACAAUACACUAAUAGUGGGACCCAGCUCCUGGACAUGCCAAAGGUCUUUCAAAUGAUGCAGAUCGAGUUUGGAUGGGCAAUCCAGACCCUGAACCCGAUGGUGAUUCAGCAAUGGAUGGACGAUGUAGAUGAUGAUCAUGACAAACUCCUUAACCUGGCGGAGUGUGCCAAACUCGUCCAGAGAGUCUCUGAUUCCAUUCGGAGGCCUAAUACACAGCCAUAAAGAGGCCAUAUCGACUGAUUGAAGUAACUUGUACUUGUGUACGGAAGUAUAUGAAGGAAAAAUAAGAUUUCACACAAGCUUGCUUAGUAUGUAGGUCUAUAGCUUAAUCUUAAGUAAUAAACACUGCAAUGUAAUGUACUAAAAAUCUAAAUAAAGCAAUGUAUUGUUUUAGAAAUUACUUUAAAGCAGGAAUUAAAUAAUUUUACUUUAAAAAAAAAUUAACAAAUAAAGUUUGGUCAAAAACACUGA